AUGAAUGACAAAAGUGAACUAAUUAAUAUCAAAGGGAACGCCCUGGAUCGCUUUGUACUACACUCUACAUUGUUACGUCUGAUUGACCCUGUUCGAGGCAAACCGACCCGGAAUACACUCGAUGAGAACCCAGACGGCGGCUUUUCGAGUGCAUGGCAGCUCCAGCAAAAGUUUCUAGACUCAUUUGCCCUUGUUUGUUCAACAUCUAGCUCAGGAGCGAAAACAGCUACGGCGGUUUGUCUGGAAAUACAUGACCAAAUUGGAAAUAUCCUCCGUUUGGCGCGCAACCAUGGCUUGACACCUGAGGAUCUAGCUGGACUUAAAAGAGUGCUGCAAGUGUUGCAAGAGGUUUCUAGAAGGGAAAGGCCAUCAUCGCAAGCCGAGACCGAGGUUCUACAACUGGUUGCUGAACUUGACAGAGGCCGAAUUUUGCGACUUGCAGAGAGGAUCGAGAAGCAAGGCAUUUGCCAGUUCCUACAAAAAACACAAUCUGGAGUGCAAUACAGGCAACUCCAGUCAGAAAAGUUAAAGAUCUGGCUCGAGAGCUGCCCUUUCACAGCCGCUACCUCCCGCAUCAAAAAUUGGACCUGCGCGGCUAUAGUCAAGCUCAUCAAUUGGGCGUCGGAAGCUCGAUGGCAAUACGCUGAGCAACUACGAACUUUACUAAAGCUUGAUGAAUCACAAAGUCAGGUCUGGUUGGAUAAUCUGCACAAAGUCGCUCGCUAUCAUUCUGCGAUCAAAUCCAUGGUCAAGUUCGCCGUGAAGGAGCCCGGCAUCUUCGUCAAUAUCGGCAUCCGACCGAUCAAUGCGCCUGAACCACGUCGGUUCAAAUUCCCAUACGGCGACGCUCCACUGCUUGCAAUUGUUCAAAGGCUUUUGGGAAAAGAUACAAACUCGACGAUGGAGAAGCUUGAGAAACAUUUGGGCACCCAGGAUGCCGAAAUGGAGCUGCGUGAAGCCUCUCCCGCAAAACUGACGCUUCAUGCCGAGAUGCAAAUCGUUGUUUUUUACGAAUGCAACCCCGGUUUAGCUCCCCACCUAAGGCUUAUUGGGACGAGCAAAAAAGCUUGCUUUCUUUGCGACAAAUAUCUGCGUCAUCAUCCACUCAGGCUGCAAGCUUCCGCUUGCCACCAAAGGAUCUAUCAAUCGUGGAUGCCGCCUCCGUACAAUAAAUCCCCAGGAGAUUCAACGAGGACCCCCUUUAGAAAGCUAAGUGGCGAUAUCGAGAAAUUGACGAGGCAGGAGCUAAAAUCGGCACUAACUGCUCCCCCUCGACCACCAAACUAUGAUUCGACUGCUGGGCCUUCUCUGACAUUAACGGCAACUGUACCAACGGAACUGAGGUCACUGCAAAAGACUCAAGAAAAAUCAGCGAUUCAAGAUGACAGUUUCUCAGAGGAUUCUGACUGA